GCCGUCCCCCAGCUCCCAGCUGAGGAAGAGCAUCUCGCCCGGCAGGCGCUGCCAUAGAGGGCAUGGUCGAGAUAACGCCAGCGGCUCCCGGGACCAGCCAAGGCUCUGGGAUGCACCUCAGGAAGGAUUUGAGGAGGAUGCGGUGCGCGGUGCUGCUGUGCCUGCUCUCGGUGAUGGUCCUCAUGCUGCCCAUCGCCUACCUGCUGGUUGGAAACCUGCGAGCCCCCAGCUCCUGCGGCAGCCAGGUCCCAGAGGAGAGGGGCUCCCUCUUUCUGAAGCAACGGGCAGUAGCUGCUGUUACAGACACACUUUCCAGUGCAGAGAAGCCCCGAGCUCACCUGACAGUGAAGAGACAAGACCUCAGCAGAGCCGUGGGGAACCACCUGCCCAUCCUGCAGUGGGAAGACAAGCGAGGCUUGGCCUUUACCAAGAACAACCUGAGUUAUUCCAGCAACGCUCUGGUGAUUCCUGUGUCUGGGGACUACUAUGUCUAUGCUCAGGUCACGUUCCGAGGGCCCAUUGAGAGCCACAGUAAACCCAAUUCUGUCACUGAGAUCAUCACCAAGGUCACUGACAGUUACCCCGAGCCCACCCAGCUGCUGACAGGCACCAAGACCCUCAGUGAGAACUGGAAUGGCUGGUUCCAGCCCAUUUAUCUGGGAGCUGUGGUCUCCUUGGAAGUGGGGGACAAGCUGAUGGUCAACGUCAGCGACAUCAAGCUGGUGGAUUACACCAAAGAGCACAAAACCUUCUUUGGGGCCUUUUUGCUGUAGGUUUCUGGCAGCAGCUGGGGGAUGGGUUUCCCUUCAGGGCCCUGGGGGGACCUCGUUGGACUUUGGCUUUGUUGGGUGUGUGUUGGGGUGCGAUUCCUGCUGUGUCCCUCCUCUGUACCAUCACCCCCUGCAGCUCAAGGGAGCCUUCAUUUAAUGGGUAGGGAAAGCUGAAGCUGCAGCUUGAACUGAAACAACCCAAAAAAAAACUCACUAAAAAAAGAAGAAGGAAAAAAAAAAACCACCCACCCAACCAACCAAAAAACCUCCAAACCAUACCAGAACCAGCAAAAAAAGAACAACAACAACAAAAGAAAAAAAAAAAACAACCAAAGACAAAACCCCCAAAACAAACAAAACCAAAGAAAAACAAAGAACCAAAACCAAAUUAAAAACCAAACCAAACCAAAAAACAAACAAAGAAAAACAAAAAAAAUAAACACAACAAAAAAAUGAAAGUCUGGUUGGAGGAAAAAAAUGCACUUUUGAAAGUAAGGGCUGAAAGAUCUUCAAAACUUUGUAAGCUAAGGAGGAACAGUUGAUGCCUGUGGGUAGGAAUGUUGAUCUGGAAUAUUGCAGCUAAGCUCCAUCACUAUUUCCACCUCCAAUGUACAAUUUCCUCAGCUCUGAAACAAAAAGUGGUUUGAACUUUCUCCAGCACUUCCAGUAUAGUUUUGCAUGACUCUUCUUCAGCUACUUGGUUCUAAAAGGUAAUGACUUUUCAUAAUUUCCUUAUGAAUAGAUUUGCUCAGUACUUUGCACUAACAUAAAGCUCAGGUGAAUUAUUAAUUGCUUAAUUAAUCCCUUCCAACUUCCCUGUAAAGUAGAUUAAAAUUAUAUCUUGUGGUUUGCAGCCGCUAUUUGAAAUUUUUGUUUUUAAAAAAAAAAAAAGAAAGAAAAACAGAAAAAAAAAUUUGUUUACAGUUUUCUAAGUCAACACUCAGCCUCCAAAUGUUAUGUGAAAGAUGUAGGGAACACACAUCAACGGAGUGAAAGUGGAAUCUCCCCCUCCAGCUCCUAAGAUUAGGAAACCAGAAAAAAUCAAGGCAGAGAGAGACACACAGCAAAAUGCUGCACACUUUUAAACCAGCCACUGAGAUUUGGAGGGAAAAACCUCUGCAAUAAUCUGCUUUCCAUUAUGGUUAAUGCAAAGCAAGUGAAGCAGCUAAAGAAAUCUUGGUGCUUCCCCUUGCAGCCAUUGCCAGUGGUGGUCCCCUGACCUCAAGGGGUGAAGGUUGACCACCAGCUGUCCCUCCACAAGGUCAAAGGAUGCAAAGACACGCUCUUGGUGUGCCAGGGGCAGGUGAGGAGCUCAGGAGUGUCUCACUUGCCACCCUGCACUUGUUUAUUUGCAUAGUCCUUACUGUUCCUCAGGGAAACUCCCCAGCUUUCCCUCUGCUCCUGCAGCAAACUCAUCCCUGGCAAUGACUCAUGGGCUCAGAGAUCUGGACUUUCAGUGGCUGUUCUUACAGUGGCCACCUUCCUUAAAACUGAACAGCUGAAAACAGGGAACUUCAAAUUAACAACAUCUUGUUGUGAAGCAGGUGCCUCUGUUUACCCAGGCUGUGGUGGUCCAGCUUCCACUGGAGUCAACCAAAGGAAUCCUAUUGAAUUUUGGGGCGUGCCCCAAACACAUUUGAUUGUAAUAUUUAGAUAAAUAUAUGAGCUCAGCACAACUUCCAGGAGGUCUCACACCCAGCUGCUCUGAGACCACCAGGCUUCACCCUCUGCAGCUCUUUCUCUUUCCUGCCUCACCUCAUGGGAUUUCCUCCAUUUUUUCCACCUCUUGGCCAGAAAUGACAGCAAGGCUUGAUUUCCUAAACUGAUAUUCCCUCUCAAAGUGAUGGUGGAGCCCAAAUUCACACUCUUAGUGUAGCACUGGGGAUGGGGGUUGUAGCUGAGGAGCUGAACUGGGCAGAGAAGUUCUUAGGUGGAGACAGCCCAGCUGUAAAAACCAUGUGUGAUCCUGCAGGCAGCAGUGCCACCAGGCUGCUUUGCAAGUCUCUGCCCAGCAGGAGACAAUUUAUUCCCAUAUAACGAUCUGUUUGAGCUGACAAGGAAAAGUCAGCAGUGCAGCUGAAACACAAAGCAGAGAGAAAGGCCAAGACUGGGGGUGGAGAGAGGAGAGGAGCAAAGCAGGAGGUGGGAAGGUCCAGCCAACGCCAGAUUUCUGCCUCUUCAUAGCUUAGUGUAAGCACUUUCAUGCUGAUGUGAAAACUAGCAGGUCUUUUAUGUAGUAAAUCAUCUAAAAACAAAAAGCUUUUUGGCCAUCCUUCCCUACUGUGGAUCCCAGAUUCUGCAGUCCUUCACUCUUUUAUCCGCCCUGAGUCAGCACCAAACACAUGACAGCAGCCAGGAGAACAUCCUGACUGGCCUCCUUUCCUCAGCAAGUGUCUGUCUUGCUUCCAGAUUCUCCUUGAGUCGUUGUGGGCCCAGUUCACAGCACUGCCCUUCACAGUGUCCCCUCAUCCAAACCUCAUCACAGUUUGGUUUCCUGUCCUUUCUUUGACUUGUCCUUCAUUUCCUUUCUCCCACAGGCACCUUCCUGCCUGCUUGGCCCUGUCCUGUAAGGACACCUCCUUAUCCAAAUGCCAUUCCCUACAGGAAACUUCUCUCUUAGAGUCAACCCCAGUGCUCAAAGUGACAUCUCAGCACAGGUUCAGGUGGCAGAAAGUAAAGGUAGCGAUCCUACAAACACUCCUGGCCAGAGGAUCCCCUUAAGUCCUUAUUAGGCAGAUUCUCUUCCAUCUUUGAGUCCUUAUUCCCAUGUUUCCUCCAGCUGUUCAGUCCUUGUUUUUAAGCUGAAGCAGGAGCAGUUAUUCCCUGUGUAUCCCUUCAGCCUAAAGGCAGGGCUGUUCUCACUGCCCAGAGACCCCUCCUCUCAUGGUAAAACCUGGUGAAACCUCAACAAAAUUAUUCUCUGGGAAACCCUGAGCCUUUCCAUGUCUCAGAUUUCCUGCAUUGUUCCCUCAGCACCCCACACUGGACCCUUCUGAGCUUCUCACCCCUCGGCUGUGUGCCCAAAUUAGGAUCUGAACUCAUGAAAACACAAAAUGUGCAGCUCUUGCAGAGCACACAAAACAAUGUGGUCAAUCUCAUACAGGGAAGAUUUAAAAGUGGCCUGUCCAGGACAGGUGAAUCCCAGGAAAUAGGUAGGAAAACUUCUGUGAAGUGCUGUAUUGGAUGAAUUCUGGUUUAUCCUUGGAGAAAAUUGGAGUGGAAAUUCUGUUUAUUCUGAAACAGUUCCAGUAACUCAGGAAGUUCUUUUUUUUUCCUAGAGAUGAGAUGAUGUAGCAUUUUUCUGAGGGCACAACCCAGUCCUGGUAGGCUUGGACAGCAGAUUUCCAUAAAAACUGUAUCCAGUCACCAUCAGCUGAUCCUGGUGGGCUGUGUGAUGGAGAAUGUGAGGUCUGGGGGAGAGGAGUGGUGGAUGCAGCGCUGGGAAUUCUCUGGUAUAUACACAUAGACAUGUAUAUUUGUGUAUAUUCCACAGGCAUUCUACAAGCCCAUUGCAACAAUCAGCCUUUUUUAGCACAAAGCACAUUAUUUGUGCCCUCUGUACACUAACAAUGAACUUCACAAGCAAAUUGGUUCCUGCUGAAGCUUCAAGGCAGGUGUGACUCUCUCAAGUCAUUGUCCAUGGCACAGAAAUAUUUAUUUUAGUCCAGUUAGAAUAGUUUUAUUUUAGUCCAGUUCAGCCCUGUUACACACACCAGCUUUUAGCACAUUCAGCACAAUUUAUAUGGCAUAAAAUUAAUAUCUCUGGCAUUACUUGUUUUAAAGUGAUGCAGGGAUAUUAAUCCCCACAUCUCCCCCAGUGGAAAUUUUCCCCCCUUUUCCCCCCCUUCUCAGUGCUAAUAAUGUUUCUGGAACAGCAUCAAAUAUAAUAAGUAUUCAGAGGCUGAUUCUGACCCAGAUAUUCCUCCACAGAGAUCAAUGGCAUGAAGUCAAACCACUUAAGUAACACAAAGGUCAAGCUAAAAGUGAAAUAUCUCCACCAGACUGAACCUAAAGUGUGGAUUCUCAGAUUUAUUUUUUUUUUAAGGCUAAUUAAGGACACAAGUGUUCUCAGAAAUUUGUGUUUAUUGGAUCAGAAAAUGUUAUUUAAUGUAAACCAUUUCUGGAGAUGUGAAAUGUCUCUGCAUCAGCUUUUUCAAGUUAGUGAGAAGCUGAUGAAAUCUGGUCAUGGGAACCAGUGACCUUGAAAUCUGGGGUCCAACUGACCAUGUGAUUUGUUUCGGGUGGUUUUGAAACUAAAAUCAUUACCAGAAAAAGGAUUGAAGCUGGAGAAAAAGGGUGAAUGAAAUAGGCAGCUUGGGCUAGAGGAGGUAAAAUAUGUGAUUUCAGGGUUUGACCUUUCCAUUUUGUAGGAAAAGAAAAUGAAAGCACUUUUGAGAACAAAACCAUUGAAAGAAGAAAUAUCAGAUGAUUGUUAUUAUUUUUAACAACUGCUCAAAACAUUUUUUUAUCUCUGCUCAAAAUAUUUUAGAUCUUAUGAAUUUUCUUCCCCAAUCUCUUUGAUCCCCAAAAAACUAACACUAAACACAGCCCAAACUGAUAAAAAAUUCGCUUACCCCCCACUUCCUUUCCCCUUAAAAACUAAAUAUUGGUAAAUAGGCAUUAACUUUCUCUCCACAUUGAUGCAGAAGUAAAUUUGAAUCAAGCUCUAGGGAAUGCAGCUGCAAUCCUACCAACAUGAACCUGUGCUGUAUCCAGUCCCUGAGCACGUGGCUAAAGGGAAAAGGGAGAACCCAAAGGGAAAAAAAACGAGCUCAGUUUUCCUGUUUGGUGGAUGGGAGGGGUAAAAUCCACAUUCCUCAAAUCGAAAAGCAGAUGGAAUGUUCUCAUUCCAUCGACUCCAUCGCGAUGGGAGGAACCCUCCUAAUCAAGGAGUGCUUGCCUGGACCAUCCAGCACAGGAAUGUUGGCAGGAGCAGGGCCUAGAGGUGUAAAACCCAACCCCAAUGACAAAGAGGAGGCUGCUGGGAUGAUGUGGGAGGUCCCAGGGCUGUGGAUGUGAUGAACAUCCCCCCAUGCAAAGGGGCUACUUCCCCACGGACCGAGGAAGGGAUUAAGGGGAAUCCACCUGAAAUUUUCCACAGGGAUAUUCCAGAGUUUUGGAAGGGGAUCUCGUUUUUCACCCCUGCAUGUCAUAACUGACCACGCUGUGCUUUGGUUUGUUUAUCUCCUGGGUGGCCCAUCAUUUCAGGUGAGAAACGAGGAGAGAAUUCGUUCUUUAGAAGAAUCAGAAACUCUCAAGGAUCUUUGCCCAGAUCUGGGUGUUACACACCAGUAUAGCAUUUUGCUACUGUAAAGGAUUUUCUAUAAUGGUUGUGCCUUGUCUUGUGCCUCAGCACUGAUAUGUAUCGACCAGAAAAACUGACUAUUUUAUGAUAAUAAAAAUGCGGCUUAACUAAUGUGACAACUUUUGAUCCUGGUCCCCUUCCAAAAGCACUAACCAAGAGAUGGAGCUGGGUGAUGCUGAUGUACAAAGAAGCCUGUUUUGUUGUGUGUUACUGUGUGAAUAAACCUUAUUUUAUGUCGAUAGAGGUCCCUCACCAGAGUGAACUGGGAUUCAGACUUUCCCCUGGGAAUACACAGACACUUGCAUUUCACGAGGCAAAAAUGUAAAGCUUGAGCAGGUUUUCUUUCUCAGUCCCACCCUGCAGCUCAGGGAACAGCUGGUUCUUCCUUUUUUGUUAUUUUUUAGUCUAUUUUGAAGGAAGGCAAUUCCCUGGGAACAGCAGAAACCAUUUUGGCUUCACUCUUAGCCCAUGGGGUUUAGGACCCAAGAGAGACAAGAGACAGGAGCCACAGUUCCACCCUCUGACCAAAAAGCUGGGUUUUUCCCAUCUCCCACCAUGCAUAAAAACAUGUUGGCAGCUUGGGAAUUGAACUGGGAAUUCCCAAUUGCUCAGCUCCCGGCUGACAGGCACAACCUAGCUAGGAAAUUUUGGCCAAAUGAGAGUCAGAGUCUUGUUUGAAGGCCCCCUCAGUCCUGUUCCAGCUCGAGCUUUGCUGUCCUUACCCUUUCAGCACAACAGGAGCACCCCCUGGAUAUGUAUUCCUUUAUCCUGGGUGCUGUUACCUGCAAUUCCUCUGCUGCCAACAAUGCAAAUGCCCUUCUUGCCACAAACAGAAUUAAGAGACAUUCUCUCACUGGGCAUAUUAUUUUGUAUUUCCAAAACUGAUUUUGUUUUCCUGGCUCGAGCUCAGAGUAAAUUGCUCAGAUUUAAAUUGCUGCAGAAGAAGGUUUCUGGCUAAGGGCUCCGUGCUCUGGCUCAAGGAAAGUUUUCAUUUGAACACUCUGAUGGGGGACAUUUGUUUAUCCUGGUUUUCCACCCACUAGCAAAUCCCAGAGUGGUUUUAUUAGCAGCCUCUGUAGAUCAGCCAAGAGUUAAUUAGACAGUGGGAGUCAGGCUGAGUUUCUCUGUGACACCAAAAGUACACUGUGUUAUUUCUCGUUUUAUUUUUUCUAACUCCAAUACCUACCUCACGCUUAAAAGAACAGCAAAAGCAAAUCAUAAUUUUAUUAUUAUUAUUUCCUAUUUUAGCUUGAGCUAAGCAGAAUUCAGUUUUAUUGCCAUUUUACUCCAUGCUUUGCACAUUUAGGGAAAUAACUUGAGAUGGCACCUCCUUUGUGGUCUAAGCACACUGGCACACACAGUGAGCGUUGUGCUGCACUUUGGCUUCCUUUAAUCUUAAAUCAAAUUAAAUUAAAACCUGAAAUAGAAGGGGUCUACUCUCAGUAAAUUUUUAGGUAUUGGGGGUGAAGAGAUGAACAUCUCUCUGCAUGUCCUAGGGAAGGGGGGGAUUCUGGAGGUGCUUCUCUCCCAGGGCUGCAGAGAGAUGUAUAAAGUGGGUUUUGCACCUAAAUGCAAGGAAGGGAAUAGGAGCUCUUGGUAAAAGGGAUGAUUCCACUGCACCACCACUCCCAGGUUGGUGGGGUUAGAUGUACAAAUACACUUCUGAAUCUUGAGGGAAGGGUGAACUCCCCCUUCAUCCUCUAAAGCUGUUACUCCAUGAAAUUCCUCCUCCAGGGCAGGACACGAGAGUUUAACUCUCCCGGCCGCAAUGCCCAACCCCAGCUGGACCUGCUCCCUCUCAGCCUUGUUCUUGCACCAAGACCCUUUUUUGCCCAGUUCAGCUUCCAGCUUUGAGUUCACUCUGGCAGGGCACGGAGACUUUGUCCCCAAGGAAGAGCUGAGAUGGGGUGGGAGGGAUCAGGAAGGUCCAAUGCCAUAAAAACCUCUGCUCCCAGACAGGUGGCUGAGUAAGGGAUGUCUUUCCUAACCCACCCGGCAUCUGCCAGGAGGGUUCUCCAAGGAAACCAGAGCCCCCUGCUCCAUUUCUUUUGGGAUUCUUUUUGGGAUCUGCUGCCAACCUUGGGCAUGAUUCUCCUCCCAAGUGUGAACUUUGCAGUGACACUUCCAAAUUCCUGUUGCCUCCCAAGUAUUAUUGCCAAAUCCUUUGGGACAGCACAAAAGGCAUCACCAGAGAAAUUAGAACCUGCUUUAUUGAGCAAGAGAAGUCACCAGUGCUUGCGUUUUUUUGCUGAAUUAUGACCUAAAAGAGCUUUCCAGCUGCUCUCCUCCUUGCACAAAUCUAGUGGUGUUCUUCCAUUGAUCGUAGAGUUUUAUAUUAAAACGUCAAAAAACGCACUGAAAGCGUUUGCUGCUUAUUUAUUGGUACUGUACACAGAGAUGUCCUGAUUUUAUGGACCAGAAAUUGUAAAAUUCGAGGUAUAAAGUUUAGAACUGUUACA